CCGCUGCAACACUCGACACCCGCACAUCGCCCUUAGGCCCCUUUAAUCCCAGCAUAAACCACCGCCCGUGAAACGCGUCAGCCGCCAGUAAAUAGAUCCACACCCUUCCGCCGCUUCCACCAGAUCCGCACACCUUCGUUCCACUCCCCAGACACCACCAUGUUGCGCCAGGCGUGGCUGUUCGUGACGCUCUUCGCCUUCGUCGCGAUGGCGUCGGCCUUCAACUUGGAGGGCCUGCACAUCGACGGCAUCAACGAGUACCUGCACUACAACGAGAAGCGACAGGCCUCGGGCACCGGUGGCAGCACGCCUGCGUCUUCAGCACCUGCAGCAACAUCAUCCGCACCACCGGCAUCGUCUGCAGCCCCAGCGUCGAGCGCACCCCCUGCGUCCUCUGCUGCCCCCGCCACCUCCGACGAGCCAGCUACGACAUCAGACGCACCCGCCCAGACCUCGCAGGCGCCUGCCACCAGCAGCAACAACAACAACAACAACAACAACGGCAACUCUGCCACUCCCACAUCGACCGGCCGGGUCCCCUCCAGCGAAACCCAAGCCGCUGGAUCAGCAACACGCACAUCAGCAGCAGCGUCCUCUUCCGUCAGGACUACCGCCAUCGUCCGCACCACCCCCCUCGUCUCUACCUCUAUCCAGCUCUACACCACCGUCUACAGCACUGUCAUCAACGGCCAGGCUUCCGAGGUCACCUCGACAGGCGCCAGCACCCACGUUGCCACAACCGGUCAAGCAACCGUGACCGACCCGCCUGAGGCACAAGCUGGUUCUGGCGGCGACAGUGGCGGCCUAAGCGAGAGCAACAAGAAGGUCAUCGGCGGUGUCGUCGGCGGUGUCGGUGGUGCUCUUCUUCUCGGUGGCCUCGCCCUCGUUUUCUGGCGCAUGAAGAAGCGCCAGAGCCGAGUCACCGAGGAUGACGAUGACCUCAUGGCUGGCACUGGAGCUGCUCUCGGCGACAAGCCCGCCAACACAGGCGCCUCGCCCUUCCAGUCGAACCUCGAGCAGUACCACAACCCCGGCGGACGUCCGAACGCAGCAGCCAACUUCUAAUCGGCCAGCCAACUACGUACACAGGCAGCCAUUGCUGCGUUCACGACGACCACGAUACUACUUCUGAGCUUUGCGAGAUCUACGAUUCUACAGGGAUCCCGAAGACGUAUAUACAACGAGCCCAGCCCACGACUCGAUACUUCUGCGAUAGGAUACCCUGGGUAGCAACGGUGCAUUACAGGCGUGCUUCUAUUUUCAUUCCGGCACUCAAAAUUGGA